UUGCUAUCAGCAGAAGUGCCUGUGAGUCCUGUGCGUCUAGAAAGAUGGAUAUGUUCAAAACUGUUCUUAAAAUUGUUCAGAAACAGCAGACUAGUCUCGGGUUUGGUUUAGUUGCGUUGUUAACUGCAGGCGGGGAACAGAUAUUCUCGUCAGUGGUGUUCAAAUGUCCUUGCAGUGGCUGGAACUUUUCCUACGGCAUGGUGUUUCUCUUAGUGCCUGCUCUGGCGCUGUUGGUGUUAGGUUACGUCAUGAGCAAUAAAACAUGGAAAUUGUUUACAGGUUUGUGUUUACGCAAAUCCAAAUUGUGUCGUUUUAAAUAUUUUUGCGCCUGUGGGGUGGUCUUCUUUCAGAUCACCACAACAGCAGUCGUUGCACCUGUGAGUUGGAUUUCAGUCGCUUUGCUCAAUGGCAAUUACUUUGAAUGCGCCGUGACUGGUAUCAAUGUAACUGUUUUCACCAACCACCUUUGCGAUGGGAAGAGUCCGCAGUGCCAGGAUGAACUUUAUAAAUUCCCCUGUGGGAGAGCCACCCACGUGCCACAAUCUGACAGCAAUGAUGUGCUGGCAACCCUCCACGCUGAGUCGCAGGUCCUGGGUUGGCUACUGAUCGCCUCCAUCAUGGUCUUCAACCUCCUGCUGACCUGUGUUGCCCGGUGUAACUCCCCAGUCAGCUACCUGCAGCUGAAGUUCUGGAGGGUCUAUGCCCAGCGGGAGAGCGACCUGCUGGAAAGCUACACGGCAGAUCACGCCGAAAAGCUUGCAGAGAGGAACCUGAAGAGCUUCUUCCAGCAGAUGCCUCCAGAGCCUGUCACGACCCCACCUAACCAGGCCUGGGAGAAGAUCUCGUCCCUCUACAGGUUCAGCACCAGAGACCACUACUACAGCAUCCUGCACAAGUACGUGGAGAAGUGCCAGGACCCUGCAGAGGCCAGGGACCACAGAAUGUCAUCUGUCAGGUCAGACGGUCCAGACACUGCUAAUCCGUCUGUGCUCACCUUUGUGGAUGAGGGCAAAAUGUUGCUGUGAAUGGGCAUGCAUAUGAUCAUAGGAACAGCAGUGACAGCAUCACUAUCAUGACCCUAUCUGUAACCAUCCUCAUUACUUUUAGCGUCAAAGUUAUGACUCAUUAUAGAGGAUUGUUGUCAUGAUUAUACUCUAUCGCUGUGCGUCAGGGGAUUUUUCAGUAGAAAGACAAAUCACAUCUGAUUAACCACUCUCAGGUCUUUGCUUCAAUAACAAUGCUUCCCAAUUUUAUAUUGUGCUCUGGAGGGAUUUUUAUUAUUUUUUAAAAUAGUUUAUCGUACUUUCUUUCACUUUUCUGUUUAGUAUUUUUAUGCUCCUCAGACUUUGCCUACAUACAGGUGGUCUGUGGCAUUAGACAGGAAACGCAUGGUUUGUUUCUAUUAAAUAAGGAGCUAGUUUGUGCACUGCAAAAUACUUUCAAUAAAAGCCUGUUACCAGUGUA